UUGUGAGAGUUCCAGCCAUCCGCCAUCACCGUAGCCGAGCACACAAAACAGUUGAGAGUAGUAGCAGGCGGAGGAGGCGGAGGUUUGACAACAAGGCGCACAGAGCGAGGGAGAGAGGGGGACUCGGGCCUCGGGGAAAGGUCUAGCGGGGACCCAUAAGUAACAGCUUUGCAGGUGUCCCGCUGACAACCCACACAGCGUUUCAUGUUUGAGGAGUCCACACACUCACUGAACUAAACAUGUCUAAUCUGAGCAAAGGCGGCACCAAGAAGGACACCAAGAUGAGGAUACGAGCUUUUCCUAUGACCAUGGACGAGAAGUAUGUAAACAACAUCUGGGACCUUCUGAAGAACGCCAUUCAGGAGAUCCAGAGGAAGAACAACAGCGGACUUAGCUUCGAGGAGCUUUACAGGAACGCGUACACCAUGGUGCUGCACAAACACGGCGAGAAGCUCUACACAGGCCUGCGGGAGGUCGUCACCGAGCACCUUAUCAGUAAAGUACGAGAAGAUGUACUCAACUCCUUAAACAAUAAUUUCCUACAGACAUUAAACCAAGCAUGGAAUGACCACCAGACAGCCAUGGUCAUGAUACGAGACAUCUUAAUGUACAUGGACCGUGUGUAUGUGCAGCAGAAUAAUGUAGAGAAUGUGUAUAACUUGGGCCUGAUCAUCUUCAGAGACCAGGUGGUCCGGUACGGCUGCAUUCGAGACCACCUCCGUCAGACUCUGCUGGACAUGAUUGCCAGGGAAAGGAAGGGUGAGGUGGUAGACAGAGGAGCAAUUAGAAAUGCGUGUCAAAUGCUGAUGAUUCUGGGACUGGAAGGACGGUCUGUGUAUGAGGAGGACUUUGAAGCCCCUUUCUUAGAAAUGUCUGCGGAGUUCUUUCAGAUGGAGAGUCAGAAGUUUUUGGCAGAAAACAGUGCCAGCGUAUACAUAAAGAAGGUGGAGGCUCGGAUAAACGAGGAGAUUGAGAGAGUGAUGCACUGUCUCGAUAAGUCAACGGAGGAGCCUAUCGUGAAGGUGGUGGAGCGGGAGCUCAUAUCCAAGCACAUGAAGACCAUUGUAGAGAUGGAGAACUCGGGCCUGGUCCACAUGCUUAAGAACGGAAAGACUGAGGAUCUGGCGUGUAUGUAUAAGCUGUUCAGCAGGGUGCCAAACGGUCUGAAAACGAUGUGUGAAUGUAUGAGUCUGUAUCUGAGAGAGCAGGGCAAAGCACUGGUGUCUGAGGAGGGAGAGGGCAAGAACCCUGUCGACUACAUACAGGGUCUCCUGGACUUGAAGACUCGCUUCGACCGCUUCCUCCAGGAGUCAUUCAGCAACGACCGGCUCUUCAAGCAGACCAUUGCUGGAGACUUUGAGUAUUUCCUCAACCUCAACUCACGAUCGCCCGAGUACCUCUCGCUGUUUAUUGACGACAAGCUGAAGAAAGGAGUCAAAGGACUGACAGAGCAAGAGGUAGAGUCCAUCCUGGAUAAGGCGAUGGUGCUGUUCCGGUUCAUGCAGGAGAAGGAUGUGUUUGAGCGCUACUACAAACAGCAUCUAGCAAGGAGACUGCUUACCAACAAGAGCGUCUCAGACGAUUCAGAGAAAAACAUGAUCUCCAAGCUCAAGACGGAGUGCGGUUGUCAGUUUACCUCUAAACUGGAAGGCAUGUUCAGGGACAUGAGCAUCUCCAACACAACAAUGGACGAGUUCCGCCAGCACCUGCAGUCCACAGGGGUAUCUCUAGGUGGCGUUGAUCUAACAGUCAGAGUUUUGACUACAGGUUAUUGGCCUACACAGUCGGCCACGCCGAAAUGCAACAUCCCCCCUUCCCCACGGCACGCCUUUGAGGUUUUCAGAAGGUUUUACUUGGCCAAGCACAGUGGCAGGCAGCUCACAUUGCAGCACCACAUGGGCUCAGCAGACCUCAAUGCCACCUUCUAUGGACCUAUUAAAAAGGAGGAUGGGUCUGAGUUGGGUGUAGGCGGGGCACAAGUAACAGGUUCUAACACAAGGAAGCACAUACUACAAGUGUCCACCUUCCAGAUGACCAUACUCAUGCUCUUCAACAACAGAGAGAAGUGCACCUUUGAGGAGAUCCAGCAGGAGACAGAUAUCCCGGAGCGGGAGCUGGUGCGGGCGCUGCAGUCUCUGGCGUGCGGGAAGCCCACACAAAGAGUGCUCACCAAGGAGCCCAAGAGUAAAGAGAUCGAGAACGGACACAUGUUUACAGUCAACGACCAGUUUACCUCCAAACUGCACAGAGUCAAAAUCCAGACAGUUGCUGCUAAGCAGGGGGAGUCAGACCCAGAGAGGAAAGAGACAAGGCAAAAAGUGGAUGAUGACCGAAAACAUGAAAUCGAGGCUGCCAUCGUACGCAUCAUGAAAUCUAGGAAGAAGAUGCAGCACAAUGUACUUGUAGCAGAGGUAACCCAGCAGCUGAGGGCGCGGUUCCUGCCCAGCCCCGUGGUGAUCAAAAAGCGCAUUGAAGGACUUAUAGAGAGAGAAUAUCUGGCACGAACGCCAGAAGAUCGCAAAGUCUACACUUACGUUGCAUAGACAAAGAUCUGCAACAAGAGGAGGAGAGAGUGAAAACAAAAGGA